UUACCAUUUUAACCUCAAUUGAUAGGGCGAGUAGAAAGCAGCAAUGAAAGAUGACCGCCUUUGUGAGCAGGUGGUCUAGAGUCUAGCCUUGCCGGUGCGUUGCCGUCCCAACUCCCAAGCUGCAUAAAUAUCUCUCUCAUUAUAUCAAUUCAAAUCCAUUUCGCAAACCGCCCAUUCCAACAAGUCUUUGGUUCGAAUUACUCCAAACAGUGAGAGUUGAAAGAAGAAAAUGGCAGACAACCAGAACCAGAAACUGAGAUUAAGCAUUGCAUUCGCAAUCGCAUGCAUCUCAGUUUCUGUCUACUUUACUGUUCAACGUCGAAGACAACGUAAUAAAUGUUCCUCCAAAAAUUUGUGUUAUUUGUCUUCUGAAUUUAAACCACAAUCUACUUUCAAGCGACUUUUGGCCGAUAAUUCUUAUUCUCCUUUCAAGCAUUUCAAGCUUUCCGACUCUGCUGACGGAAAAUCGUCAAAUUCACACCCAUACGAAAGAGAGAUUUUGACAUUGUUAACGAAUUCUCAAUUAGAUUAUGACAUUUUUGAUGAGAUAGCAAUGACAGGAAUGACCAAGUCACAUGUUUGGGUGGAGUCAAAGUCUCAAUUACGUGAACUUGUUUGUGUAUUGAGUGAACAAAAGUUAUUUGCUGUUGACACAGAGCAACAUAGCCUACGGUCAUUUCUAGGAUUCACUGCUUUAGUGCAGAUUUCUACUCUGGAGGAAGAUUAUCUUGUUGACACUAUUGCAUUACAUGACAAUAUGCAUAUGCUGCAGUCUGUUUUCUCUGAUCCAAAUAUUGUUAAGGUAUUUCAUGGUGCUGAUAAUGAUGUGCUUUGGUUGCAAAGAGACUUCCACAUAUAUGUAGUUAACUUGUUCGAUACUGCAAAGGCAUGUGAAGUUCUAUCAAAACCUCAAAAAUCUCUUGCGUACUUGCUUGAAGCCUAUUGUGGUGUUAUCACUAACAAAUUAUUACAGCGUGAAGAUUGGAGACAACGGCCUCUUGUCAUAGAAAUGGUGGAAUACGCCAGAUUAGAUGCACAUUAUCUUCUUUAUAUUGCAAGUUGCUUGAUCAAGGAGCUUAAAGCUAAAGACAAAGAUAUCAGCUAUCCAAAAGAUUCAGAACUUCAGGAUGUGGGAUACCAUGCCCUUCCUGAAGCUGGCAGGAGAUCAAAUGCAACUAGUUUGCAGUUGUUUUGCAAAGAAUCUUAUGCUUUUUCAGGAGAAUCUGUAGCAUCGUCAAUAGUUUCCCGUUAUUUGAAUGGUCAAGCUGUUGGUUCCUCAAAAAUGUUAGGAGCUGAGUUUCAGAAUAACAUAAGAAAACUUUGCGCCUGGAGAGAUCUAAUGGCUCGUGUACAUGAUGAGAGCUUGAGAUACGUAUUAUCAGACCAGGCUGUUAUUGCGCUUGUGGAAAAGAGGCCAAAAUCUGAAAAAGAAAUAUAUACUGUAAUUUCUGUAGCUGAUAAAGAUAAUGAUUCAUUGACAUCCUCAUUCAGCAUGAUGUCACCCUCUCCUGUCAUCUGCAGUCAUUGGGACGACAUCUAUUGUUUGUUGGAAGGACAAAUCAAUUCUGCUGAUGAUAUUUUGCAAAUUCUUCUUCAUAAGCACCUUGGUCCUAAGGGAACUUGCUCCCUGUCUGCUUAUAACUACAAUUUACUCUCUGGUUUCAACCUGAAACUUGUAGAUGGAUCAAUGUCCAAGAAAAAUGAGAUGAGAAGAGGAAAAUUUGUUACGCGUAAGGCCUCUAGACAGCAUUUCGUUCAAAAAUUCUCGUGCAAAGCUCCAGUUUAUCAUAAUUGCAGGAUCUAUGCUAGCGAUGGCCGGUUGCUCUGCUAUUGUGAUCGCAGAAAGCUUGAAUGGUACCUUAGUCGCAACUUAGCAAAACUUAUGGAUGACAAUCCUCCUGCCAUCAUGCUUUUGUUUGAACCCAAGGGACGUCCGGAGGAUGAAGACAAUGACUUUUACAUCCAAAGUAAGAGAAACAUGUGUGUUAGCUGUGGUGAGAGCAACCAUUAUUUACGGUAUCGGAUAAUUCCUUCUUGCUACAGAAUCCAUUUUCCUGAGCACCUCAAAAGCCACCGUUCUCAUGAUAUAGUCUUGCUGUGUGUCGAUUGUCAUGAAAUUGCUCAUGCCGCUGCUGAAAAGUACAAAAGACAAGUGGCAGAAAAAUUCGGUAUACCGCUUUUUGUGAGGAAAGUAAUAGAUUCUGAAAAACUACAACUUACUGAGACUUCUGCACUGCAAGAGCAUCAGGAAGCGGGUGUUUCUCCCUUGCAACUUCGAACUGCAGCUAUGGCACUUCUGCGGCAUGGACCAAGGAUGCCAUCUAAACGACGUGAGGAAUUGUUUGAGAUUGUACGCCUAUAUUAUGGAGGGAGGGAGAUAUCAUAUGAAGACCUCGAAAAAGCUUUGCUUGUUGGGAUGAGUCCUCAUGAAAGGAGAAAAUUUCAGAAAAAGAACGGGGUUUUUUGCAAGUUUUCGUCCGCAAGCUUUCUAGAUAACAAGCCAGAGUCUUCUGGGGUGAAAAUUGUUGACGAUGCUGCUGCUGCUUAUGGUUUACCUACAAAUAAAGCUUCCAGUGAAGCUUCUGACGUCAAAGAUAUUAUAGGUUUGGACAAUGGAAAUUUUUGUGAGAGUAGUAUAUCUCCAAAAGCAAAAGCUAAUGGAAAGUGCAACUCAAAGGUUUCAUUAUUAGGACACGGGCCUCAUGGAAAAGAAGUUGUGGAUUAUUUGCUAAAAACUUAUGGAGAGGAUGGGAUCCAUCAGUUUUGUCAAAGCUGGAGACAAGUCUUUGUUGAUACUCUCCAUCCUCGGCAUCUUCCUGCUGGCUGGGAUAUAAAACACAGUGGUAGGAGAGCUUUUGGAGAAUUCAGUGUAUAUAACCCUGCAAAGAAAUCCAGUGACAUCACUCAGGGUUAGCAACAAGCAAGUACAUUACAAUGAAGUAUUAUAUGAUGGGAAUAUUAUUAGUUUCCUUCAAGUUCUUGUAUUUUUUUGGAAGUUGAAAUUAUAGUUUGAAGUUCAUACAACUUUUUUGGUAAAGACUCGUGAGAAAGAUGGAGUGAGUCGUGUACGGAUUUAGUCCACACUAAAAUAUUAUGAGCCUUUUGAUAUAUUUCCUUAAAUCACUUCAUUUUACUCUUUUAAUGAAAAGGUGCUUAAUGUUUUAGUGUAGACUUUUACAGUUUGGUUUCCUAGUGUUCUGAUAGUAGUUUAUUAGAGGAAGCACUCAUUUAUCAUCAAGAUAAAUAAAUAACGACAUAUAUGGAUGAUUCGCAUGCCAGGGGAGAUCACUCAAAAUCGGUGGAAAGAAUGACACAAUCUUGAGUGUUGCGACAUCCUUGGUAUGAGAUAAUGUAGUUGCUACAGCCUACAAGCAAGCACUGACAGUGGAAGUUUUUUAGGAGCAUGAGAAGUGUCAAUACACAGACAUUCAUUGAUUUUAGUAUCGUCUCCGACGGCCCCAAGUUGAUCAAAAUGCACUGAUUGACAACUGCAACACUAUGCUUUCUCUAUGCUCCUUUUUUUACUGCCAAUUCCACGUUACAUGGCGAAGAGAAAAUUCAGAUCAUGAGGCUUUCUUCCUACGUACUUAGAUAAAUACUUGAAUUUGUAUAUAUUUGAGUUGCUUACAUGUGAAGCCACUGUGAAAAAAUUGAACAAAAUAAGUUCAUUUGGAUUAAAAAUACCAAAAACAAGCUUUGGAAAAAACUUAUUUUCUAAAAUAAGCGCUUUCCAAUCCAAAUCUAUGAUUUGAUUAUAUUUGUUAU